GGCAUCAAAAGGAGAUUUGGUACCAUUUGCCCUCUUGCAUUUGUUGCACUGUUUGUUGUCCAAGUCAGCUUCUGUGGCUGGAGCAGCAUACACAGAGAUUCGAUCCCUGGCGGCAGCAAAGUCCAUAAAGCUGCAAGCUUUUUUCAGUCAGUACAAGAAGCCUAUCUGUCAGUUUCUAGUGGAAUCCCUGCACUCUAGCCAGAUGGCAGUUUUGAGUGCUCCAUGCCAGGGUAAUGAGCUACAGAAACAAACAGCUGCUCAUCAGCGAGAAAUGGCUCUGGACAUGUUAUCUGAGAUUGCCAAUGUAUUUGAUUUUCCAGAUCUAAAUCGUUUUCUCUCACGCACCCUACAAGUUUUGCUUCCUGACCUUGCAGCCAAGGCUAGUCCUGCAGCCUCCACACUUAUUCGAACCAUAGCAAAACAGCUGAAUGUAAACCGAAGAGAGAUUCUGAUCAAUAACUUCAAAUACAUCUUCUCUCAUUUGGUCUGUUCCUGCUCCAAGGAUGAGCUUGAGCGGGCGCUUCAUUACCUCAAGAAUGAGACCGAGAUAGAACUUGGCAGCUUGCUGAGACAGGACUACCAGGGACUACAUAAUGAAUUAUUACUGCGUAUAGGAGAACACUAUCAACAAGUCUUCAAUGGUUUGUCAAUAUUGGCUUCAUUUGCAUCUCAUGAUGAUCCCUAUCAGGGACCUAGAGAAAUAAUAUCACCUGAACAAAUGGCUGAUUAUCUGCAACCUAAAUUGCUUGGUAUCUUGGCUUUUUUUAACAUGCAGUUACUGAGUUCCAGUGUUGGCAUUGAGGAUAAAAAAAUGGCUUUAAACAGUCUUAUGUCUUUAAUGAAGCUCAUGGGUCCCAAGCACAUCAGUUCAGUGAGAGUGAAGAUGAUGACUACAUUGAGAACAGCUCUAAGAUACAAGGAUGACUUUCCAGAACUGUGUUGCAGAGCCUGGGACUGUUUUGUUCGAAGUCUGGACCAUUCAUAUCUUGGCUCCUUGCUUAGUCAUGUGAUAGUAGCGUUAUUGCCCCUUAUACACAUCCAACCAAAAGAAACUACUGCCGUAUUUUACUUUCUUAUCGUGGAGAACAGGGAUGCAGUACGAGACUUCUUACAUGAAAUAUAUUUUCUGCCUGACCUUCCAGAACUAAAAGAAAUUCAGGUCGUCCUUCAGGAAUACAGAAAGGAAUCCUCCAAAAGCACUGACUUGCAGACAACACUGCAGCUGUCUAUGAGAGCUAUUCAGCAUGAGAAUGUGGAUGUUCGUAUUCAUGCACUUACCAGCCUGAAAGAAACAUUAUAUAGAAACCAGGAAAAAUUGAUAAAGUAUGUAACAGACAGUGAAACUGUGGAGCCAGUCAUCUCCCAGUUGGUAACUGUACUUCUCAUUGGCUGCCAGGAUGCAAAUUCUCAAGCCCGACUACUUUGUGGAGAAUGCUUAGGUGAACUGGGAGCCAUAGAUCCUGGCAGGCUCGAUUUUUCAACGAGUGAAACUCAAGGAAAACAUUUUACAUUUGUGGCUGGUGUGGAGGAUCCAAAUUUUGCCUAUGGAUUAUUAAUGGAACUGACUAGAGCAUUCCUUGCUUAUGCUGAUAAUGUUCGUGCUCAGGAUUCUGCAGCUUAUGCGAUUCAGGAGUUACUGUCCAUCUAUGACUGUAGAGAGACAAACACUGACUGCCCAGGCUCCAGGCUUUGGAGGAGGUUUCCUGAGCACGUGCAGGAGAUCUUGGAACCUCACUUAAAAACACGGUACAAGAGUUAUCAAAAGGCUGUAAAUUGGUCUAAGAUGAAGAAGCCAAUUUACUUAAGCAAAUUAGGUGACAAUUUUGCAGAAUGGUCAGCUACUUGGGCAGGUUAUCUCAUAACAAAGGUGCGACAUGAUCUUGCCAGAAAAGUUUUUGAUUGCUGCAGUAUUAUGAUGAAGAAUGACUAUAAAGUGACAAUUUAUCUGCUUCCACACAUCCUUGUCUAUGUUUUGUUGGGUUGCAGUCAAGAGGAUCAACAAGAGGUUUAUGUGGAGAUUAUGGCUGUUCUGAAACAUGAUGACCAGUCUACUAGGAGACUUGAAGACAGUGCAUCUGAUCUAAGUCAGCUGAGCACACAGACGGUGUUCUCCAUGCUAGAUCAUCUCACUCAGUGGGCUAGACAUAAGUUUCAAAUACUUAUUGCUGAGAAAAAUACUAGCAAGUCUAGCAAAGACAGAGGAGAUCCAAAAACAUCAAGUGAGGACUAUGGAGAAUACCAAAAUGUGACACGUUUUCUAGACCUCAUACCUCAGGAUACACUAGCUGUGGCUUCCUUUCGCUCUAAGGCUUACACAAGGGCUGUGAUGCACUUUGAAUCAUUCAUUACAGAGAAGAAACAAAAUAUUCAGGAGCAUCUUGGAUUUCUUCAGAAAUUGUAUGCUGCUAUGCAUGAGCCAGAUGGAGUAGCUGGGGUGAGUGCAAUUCGGAAAGCAGAACCAUCUCUCAAAGAACAAAUCCUUGAACAUGAAAGUAUUGGCUUGUUAAGAGAUGCCACAGCCUGUUAUGAUAGGGCUAUCCAACUGGAACCUGAUCAGAUCAUUCAUUAUCAUGGUGUAGUGAAGUCCAUGUUAGGCCUUGGUCAGUUAUCUACUGUAAUUACUCAGGUCAAUGGAGUGCUUGCAAACAGAUCUGAAUGGAUUUCUGAAUUGAACACUUAUAGAGUGGAAGCAGCCUGGAAACUGUCACGAUGGGAUUUACUGGAAAAUUAUUUGGCUUCAGAUGUGAAGUCCACUACUUGGAGUGUCAGACUGGGACACUUAUUAUUAUCAGCCAAGAAGAAAAAUGAAGCAGCAUUUUAUGAAACACUGAAGGUUGUUCGAGCAGAACAGAUCGUACCCCUUUCAGCAGCAAGCUUUGAAAGAGGAUCCUAUCAGCGAGGAUACGAGCAUAUUAUCAGGUUGCAUAUGCUGUGUGAGUUGGAACAUAGUAUUGGACCAAUAUUUCAGCAACCAAAUGGUGACCAGAGUAGAGAUUCCCUGAAUUGGUGUGCUCGUAUUGAAAUGACCCAAAACUCUUACAGAGCAAAAGAACCCAUUUUAGCACUGAGAAGGGCUUUGCUUAGUCUCAGUAAAAGCCAGGAUCACAGUGAGCUUGUUGGUCAGUGUUGGCUCCAGAGUGCUAGAGUUGCGAGAAAAGCUGGUCAUCACCAGACUGCGUAUAAUGCUCUUCUGAACGCUGGGGAAUCUACGCUCUCAGAGCUUUACAUAGAAAGAGCAAAGUGGCUCUGGUCUAAGGGUGAGGUUCAUCAAGCACUCAUUGUUCUCCAGAAGGGGGUUGAGUUAUGUUUCCCUGAAAAUAAAGCACCCAGCAGUACCAAAAAUCAGCUCAUCCACGGUCGGGCAAUGCUGCUAGUGGGCAGAUUCAUGGAAGAAACUGCUAACUUUGAAAGCAAUGCAGUUAUGAAAAAGUAUAAGGAUGUUACAAUUUUCUUGCCAGAAUGGGAAGAUGGACAUUUUUAUCUUGCUAAAUAUUAUGACAAAUUAAUGCCAAUGGUAACUGACAACAAGAUGGAAAAACAAGGAGAUCUGAUUAGAUACAUAGUUCAUCAUUUUGGGAGGUCUCUACAGUAUGGAAACCAAUUCAUCUAUCAGUCAAUGCCAAGAAUGUUAUCUUUAUGGCUGGACUUCGGAGCAAAAGCAUAUGAAUGUGAUAAAGCUAGUCGUUCAGAGCGCGUUCAAAUGAAAAAUGAUUUAGCCAAAAUAAAUAAGGUGAUUACAGAGCACACGAAUCACCUGGCACCUUAUCAGUUUCUGACAGCUUUUUCUCAGUUAAUCUCCCGAAUCUGCCACUCUCAUGAUGAAGUCUUUGCAGUUCUGAUGGUGAUUGUUGCUAAAGUGUUUUUAGCCUAUCCACAGCAAGCAAUGUGGAUGAUGACUGCUGUGUCCAAGUCCUCUUACCCUACGCGUGUCAAUAGAUGUAAGGAAAUUCUAAACAAAGCUAUUCAUAUGAAGGAAUCUUUGGGAAAAUUUAUUGGAGAUGCAACACGCCUUACAGAUAAGCUAUUAGAACUGUGCAACAAACCGGUUGAUGGAAACAGCUCAACAUUAAGCAUGAAUAUUCAUUUCAAAACACUUAAAAGAUUAGUAGAAGAGCACACAUUUAGUGAAAUUCUGAUUCCCUUACAAUCUGUUAUGAUACCAACUCUUCCUUCAAUUCCUGGUACACAUGCUAACCAUGACCCUUUUCCUGGAUGCUGGGCCUACAUUGCAGGCUUUGAUGAUACGGUGGAAAUUCUUGCCUCACUUCAAAAGCCAAAAAAGAUCACCUUAAGAGGUUCGGAUGGGAAAUCUUACAUUAUGAUGUGCAAGCCAAAAGAUGAUCUAAGAAAAGACUGUCGGCUCAUGGAAUUCAACUCCCUUAUUAAUAAGUGCUUAAGAAAAGAUGCAGAGUCACGUAGGCGAGAACUCCAUAUUCGAACCUACGCAGUUAUUCCACUAAAUGAUGAAUGUGGCAUAAUUGAAUGGGUGAACAAUACUGCUGGUUUAAGAAAUAUCCUGAUCAAACUGUAUAAGGAGAAAGGUAUCUAUAUGACCGGAAAAGAACUGCGUCAGCAUAUGCUUCCAAAGUCAGCACCUUUGUCUGAAAAGCUGAAGAUGUUCAAGGAAGUCCUUCUGCCUCGUCAUCCUCCUCUCUUUCAUGAAUGGUUUCUUCGAACAUUUCCUGAUCCUACUUCCUGGUACAACAGUAGGUCAGCCUAUUGUCGUUCUGUCGCAGUUAUGUCAAUGGUAGGUUACAUACUUGGUCUAGGAGACCGUCAUGGUGAAAACAUCCUGUUUGAUUCUUUGACUGGUGAAUGUGUGCAUGUGGAUUUCAACUGCCUUUUCAAUAAGGGAGAAACUUUUGAAGUUCCGGAAAUUGUUCCUUUUCGUCUCACUCACAACAUGGUUAAUGGAAUGGGCCCUAUGGGAACGGAAGGUCUCUUCCGAAGAGCGUGUGAAGUCACCAUGAGGCUUAUGCGUGAUCAAAGGGAGCCUCUAAUGAGUGUCUUAAAGACUUUUCUCCAUGAUCCUCUUGUGGAAUGGAGUAAACCUGUUAAAGGAAAUACAAAAGCACAGGUGAACGAAACUGGAGAAGUUGUCAACGAAAAGGCCAAAACCCAUGUCCUUGAUAUAGAACAACGGCUCCAAGGUGUCAUUAAGACUAGAAACAGAAUAAAAGGAUUACCUUUAUCUAUUGAAGGGCACGUUCAUUACCUCAUUCAAGAAGCAAGUGAUGACAACCUGCUCUGCCAGAUGUAUAUGGGCUGGGCUCCAUAUAUGUGAAAUUUGUUCACUUUGGAACGAUACCAUUCACAAGUGAUGCAGCUAUCACUGAUUAAUACCUUCUCAAGGAUAUUAUAACUGGUUACUGCUGUUGAUUUCUGAUUUUAAGACACAGAACAGUCUUAUGAUCAAUCUGAAAUCUAUGUAAAAUACACAAUACACUUGCAAGUAUG